UUUUGAUUUAGUUCUAUAGUUUUUAUGAUGAUUUCAGUGUCUGAGAGAUUAGAAUUUUUUUUGCAUGAAAUUAUAAAGUUUUUUUUGUCUAUGUAGUUGAUUCCACAUAGUGCAAUAACACCUGGUUCUUGUUCUUCGAUGAGAAUUGAUUGUUGUUGUUGUUGUUGUUGUUGUUAUAGUGCUCUAAAUUCACCACUUGUUAGCAAAACUUCUCUAGGUUGUUUAUACAUUGAUAACCUGUAAGUUUUUGUUCCGUUUGGGAACUAGAGAUAGGUGAUGAAGUGAAGAAUAGAGCUCAGGUGCGGUGGAUCGGACUUUGGGCGGACCUGCAAGGUUAACACUCCACUCCAAAGCCGCCCAAGUCAAUAAGUGAAAAAUAGUUUGGAAGAGGGAAUGGAUUGAAUACCUAAAAUGUCUGCAAACUCAUUUGUAUAUAGUUUGAGCGGUUAAAACCGACCGCAUGUAAUCGUGCACCUUAUAUGGAUUGUUAUAUGUGGGUUGCCAUUUGAUUAGAUCCAACGAAUUCGAACAAUUCACUAAAGGAAAAUCGACUUCUAGAAUCUCCGGUAUAAUUCAGCAGUGUAGAAGAUGUGCUCUGUCUCUGAGAAGUGAGAAUCAUAAGAUUCUAUCCUUGAUGCAUUCGCACACAGGUUUUUUGUUUUUGAAUAAUCAAAAUGUUAGUUAAAGCUUAUAUUAGAUUCCAGGAUUCGAAUUCUGGACCUCGGUGUCCCUUACGAGCUCCUAUUUGAGAAUCACUUUUUGUCUGCAUUUGAGAAAUUUUGACUAGCUGAGGAAGUGCUGUUUUUCGUGUUUUUGUGAAAUUUAACGUCUGAUAUGGAGAAUGCAUCGAAUGUGUUGAUGCAAAGAUAUGAGUUAGGAAGAUUACUCGGCCAAGGAACUUUCGGAAAAGUUUACUAUGGAAGGAGUAUAAUAACUAACCAAACAGUAGCUCUUAAAAUGAUUGACAAGGAUAAGGUUAUAAAAAGUGACCAAGCUGAAUGUAUAAAAAGGGAGAUAUCGGUUAUGAGACUCGUAAAACAUCCAAACAUUAUACAGCUUUUCGAGGUCAUGGCUACAAAGAGUAAGAUUUACUUUGUUUUAGAAUAUGCGAAAGGCGGUGAAUUGUUCAAGAAAGUAGCCAAAGGAAAGCUCAAAGAAGAUACCGCACACAAGUAUUUCAAGCAACUAGUUAGUGCGGUUGAUUUUUGUCAUAGUCGAGGUGUGUAUCAUCGAGACAUAAAGCCGGAGAACAUUCUGUUAGACGAGAAUGAGGACUUAAAGGUAUCUGAUUUUGGUUUAAGUGCUUUAGCUGAAUCGAAGAGGCAAGAUGGUUUGUUGCAUACAACUUGUGGCACGCCGGCUUAUGUGGCUCCUGAAGUCAUCAAAAGGAAGGGUUAUGAUGGUGCGAAAGCCGAUAUUUGGUCUUGUGGAGUUGUUCUCUUUGUGUUACUUGCUGGUUAUGUGCCUUUCAAUGACACGAAUUUGAUGGAAAUGUAUAGGAAGAUAAGUAACGCGGAGUUUAAGUUUCCUAAUUGGUUUGCGAAAAACGUUAGGAAGCUUUUGUGUAAGAUGUUGGAUCCGGAUCCUAGCACUAGGAUUUCUAUUGAUAAGAUUAAAAAAUGUUCUUGGUUUAAGUAUGGACCAAACGGUAGACCGAAACAACGUGAAGAGGAAAACAAGAGCAUCUCUUCUUUGGCUACGGAUUCUGCAGCAUCGACAGUUCUGAUUGAAGGCGUGUCACCUGACAUGACACAGACACAAACACAUGUGAGAAAUCAUUCUGAUGAAACGCAAGAGUCAGUUGUACCGGUGAGUAUAAAUGCGUUCGAUAUAAUAUCUCUUUCGAAUGGUUUUAAUCUAGCUGGAUUCUUUGAAGAUAGUUUUAAGAAACGGGAAGCGAGGUUUACUUCAAGACAACCCGCGUCGGUUAUCAUUUCUAGGCUGGAGGAGAUUGCUAAGAGACUGAAGAUGAAAAUAAAGAAAAGGGCUGCUGGUUUGUUGAAACUAGAGGGAGUUGGUGAAGGGAGGAAAGGGGUUUUGUCUAUUGAUGCUGAGAUAUUCGAGGUUACUCCGUUUUUCCAUUUGAUUGAAGUGAAGAAAUCGAAUGGAGAUACAUUGGAAUAUCAGAAGAUAUUGAAUGAGAAAAUUAGGCCUGCUCUUCAAGAUAUUGUUUGGGUUUGGCAAGAUGAAAUACAACAACAAUCUCAAGAGUGAGAGCAGUAGUAGUAGUAGCAGUAGUAGCAACAAUUACAGUUGUAAUAUCUCCAUUUUGUACAUUUCAGGCUAUACUAGUUUUUCAAAAUAAUGUUGUUUCUGUGUAUCUUUUCAUGUGUUUAACUAUGAGAGAAUCUUUUUGUAGCAUUAUUUUGUGUAUUAAAAUUGGCUUGACAAUAUUUGUUUCGGUUUGAUGGUUAACAAACAACCAGUUCUAUUAGUACCGAAGUCAUGUUAGCCUAAGAUUCUUGUAGCAUUAAGAACAUUUCAAAGUUCUUGUGGAAUAAGUUCUGGGGCUGAAGAUUCUCCUGUUAUUUGGUCUGGUUUUGCCUACAAAUAAAUGUGGUUGCAAUUUUA